AUGGCGGAGACCACGACCGAGCCCCAGCUACCCCCAGUGCUGCAGUCGCUCACUAACCUCCUCGACGAAAAGACCGAGACUCUUGCCAUCGGGAACCCAGAUAUACGAGCCGCUGCACUCGACGCUGCUAAAUUUGUGUUUGACCUCUCAAUACAGUCGGAGAAUGCAGCCCGGCCACAUAUAGACGAGUUGAUCUCCUCUCUGAGUCCCGAAUCGGCGCCGCAGACGCGAGCUCAAGCACGGGCGAAUGGGAAGCGCAAACGGUCCCCGAGUCCACCACCGAAGCCCAAGCAAACCUUCGCGCCCACACCCUUGACUGCGCUCUAUGUAGAUGGGGUCGACGAAGAGCAAAUAUGGUCACAACUUGAUCUGCGGAUGAAGAAUGUCUGUGAUUUACUGGAACUGGCGCUCGAGGGUGGUCCUGGUGGUGGCGAAGGAGGGGAAGAAGAUAGUGAUAUGGAUGAAGGUGACCCCGACGGGAGGUUGCAGAAGAUUCUCGAAGCUCUCAGGAACGGUGAAGAUGUGGAUCUUGAGGCACUCGGUCUAGAUGGAAUGGACAUAGAUGAUGAAGAGGACAGCGAAGAGGAUGACGAAGAGGACAGCGACGACGACGACGACGACGAUGCUGAGGAAGAGGAAGGGCGAGAAGAUGAAGAUGAGGAAGAGGAGCUCGGCGAACACAUAACCACUCUACGGGACUCGUCAUCUUCGGAAGAUGAGGACGAGGAAUACGAGGGAGAGGGUUCAUUCCGCGACAAAAAGCCUCCAGCACCGAAAAGACGCGGCGCCCGCCACUCAGAACUCGACGACGACUUCUUUGACCUAGCAAGCUUCAAUGCUGAGACUCAGGCAGCGGAGGCGAAGCGCGUUUCGCGGGGGAAACUGGGCGAUGACGACGACGACGAUUCUGAUGAUGAUAUGUCUGUGGAUCUGUUCGCUGCAGUAGACGAUGUUGAAAACUUCGACGAGGAGGAUGUGGAUAAUAAUAUUGGAGAGGCCUAUUACAAAGACUUCUUCGAACCACCGCCUCGUUUGCCUGCUAAGAAGGAUAAACGCAAGAAACCCCCCGCUCCAACUUCACCAAAGAAGCCCGGUACAGUCAGAUUCGCGGAAGAAGUGCGUGUCAAGAAGAUCAAAUCAAAAGGGAGGAGUCUCCCCGUGUCGAGCAUGUACGAAGAUGACGAAGAUGACGAUGACGACGAGGGAUACGAAGAUGAGGAUGGAAUGCUUGCGGAUGAUUUUGGGGAGCUGGGUAUGGAUGAAGACGAGGACGGCAAGGGGUUCGCUUUUGGCGAAGACGGAGAGGAGGAUGAAGAUGAAGAUGAAGAUGACGACGACGACGACGACGAAAGCGAAGAGGAUGAGGAGCAGGACGACGACAGUGAUGAUGACGAAUCGGGUGAGGAAGGCGAGGGUCGCGAGACCAUUGAGCGCCUCAAGGACGACCUAUUUGCAGACGAGGAGGAUGAAGAGGAGAAUGACCUUACUACUCACGAGCAACGAAUGGUUGCCUUGAAGGAACAGAUCGCUUCUCUGGAAGCUGAGAACGUUGGCAAGAAAGACUGGGUGCUAAUGGGAGAAGCUACCUCGAAGUCACGGCCGCAAAAUUCACUCCUCGAAGAAGACCUGGAAUUCGAGCGCACCAUGAAGGCUGUUCCAAUAGUAACCGAAGAUAAAAUCCUGGCACUAGAAGACCGUAUCAAAGCGCGUAUACUAGAAGGUCGCUUCGACGAUGUCGUGCGCCUGCGACCUAUAAGCGACAAGCCGUUCUUGCCUUCACGGCUAUUUGAGCUGCAAGAUACAAAAUCUUCACAGUCGCUUGCUCAGAUUUACGAGAAUGACUAUGUGGCGACGCAAAACGGUGGUUCGGCCGACGAUAGGGACGGCAAGUUAAAAAAGGAGCACGAAGAGCUCGAAAAACAGUGGGAUGGCAUAUGUUCCAAGUUGGACGCGCUCUGCAAUGCGCAUUUCGUGCCCAAACAACCAAAAGCCAUUAUUUCAACCGUUGCCAACGUCUCGACCGCCACCCUCGAGUCCGCCUUACCGACGACAAAAUCUGCUUCCGCACUGCUGGCCCCAGAGGAAGUGUUCAUACCGGCCGCGGGCGAUCUUCGCUCUAAAAGCGAGAUGGCCCCAGCUGAAAAACGCGCCGCACGCAACAAAGAACGCAAGUCAAGAAAAAAGACCCGGGAUUUGUUGGACUCGGGUGUGGAUAAGUACGCGAAGAUGAAGGGGGUCAAGAAGCAGAAGCAGGCGGCUCUAGAGGGUAUUGUGAAGACCGGCAAGGGCGUGACGGUCGUUGGGAAGAAAAACAAAGAUAUAUUAGGGAAGAAGGGUAGUAAGAAGGGCAAAUCGGUAGAUGUCUCGGCUUGA